UGUUUAUUAUUAUGCUGAGGAUGAUGAUGAGGAUUGUUGUUCUUUUCAAAACAAGACUAAAGAGCCAGAGUGCAGGCAGAGAGGAGAUCCUGAGAGCCCUGAGCUGUUUAAGGAUGGGGACAUUAUGCUGGGGGGGAUCUUUUCUUUCCACAGCAAUUGGAUAAACAGGCAGAAUACCUACAAACAAAAACCCCUGCCGCUGCAAUGCAUCAGUUUGAAUUUCAGAGAGUUCCAGUUUGCUCAAGCUAUGCUUUUUGCCAUUGAGGAGAUAAAUAACAGCUCAGACCUGCUGCCGGGUAUCUCUCUGGGAUAUAAAAUAUAUGAUACUUGUAGUUCGAUUGUCAGAAGUUUGAAGGUGGCACUUAUCUUGACCAAUGGCAACGAUAUAAUCUCUUCAACUACUGAAGGACCAUGUACCAGACCUGCACAAGUGCAGGCCAUAAUGGGAGAAACCUCCUCCUCUCCCAGCACAGCAACAGCUACCUUGAUUGGACCAUUUCACAUCCCACUGAUCAGCCACUUCUCCACAUGUGCUUGUCUCAGUGAUAAGACCAAGUACCCAUCAUUUCUUAGAACAAUACCCAGUGACUACUACCAGAGCAGAGGCCUGGCCCAGUUAGUCAAGCACUUUGGUUGGACUUGGGUUGGAGCUGUUAGAACCAAUGAUGAUUAUGGUAAUAAUGGCAUGGCUACAUUCACAGAAACUGCCCAGCAGCUGGGCAUCUGUCUGGAAUAUUCUGUAGCUUUCUUUAGAACAGAUCCAUUAGAAAAAAUACUGAAGAUUAUUGACAUUAUCAAGGCUUCCACUUCAAAAGUCAUUGUUGCUUUUCUAUCCCACAAAGACAUGGAUGUGCUUAUACAUGAGUUGUCCCACCACAAUAUGACUGGAUACCAGUGGGUAGGCAGUGAAUCCUGGAUCUUUGAUUCUCAAAUUGCAGCAGUGGAUAAGAAUCAUGUUCUGGAUGGAGCUAUAGGCCUUUCCAUCCCAAAAGCACAUGUCAGUGGACUGAGAGAGUUCAUGUUUGACGUGAAGCCGCUCAACUCAUCCAACAAUGACUUGUUCACAGAGUUCUGGGAGACAUUAUUUAGCUGUAAGUUCAAGCAGUCAAAGUCAGGAGAGAUCCAGAAAGACUGCACUGGACAUGAGGAUUUGGCUGAAGUGAAAAACAGCUUCACUGACAUGUCACUCAUGCCCAUCUUUAAUAAUGUGUACAAAGGAGUGUAUGCAGUGGCUCAUGCCCUUCAUGCUGUUCUGCGCUGCAAAAAAACAUGUGACAUAAAUGUGCAGCUAGAGCCAUUCGUGAUUUUACAGCACAUUCAGAAGAUUCACUUCAAAACAAAGGAAGGAGACGAGGUUUACUUUAAUGAGAAUGGAGAUCCAGCCGCAAAGUAUGAAAUUAUAAACUGGCACCCAAGACAAAACAGCAUUGUGGAUUUUGUCACUGUUGGUCUUUAUGAUACAUCUUUACCUUCAGACAAGCAACUAAAUCUGAACCUAAAUAAGUCUUUAAUUUGGACACAGAACUCACUGCAGGUGCCUGUCUCAGUUUGCAGUGAGAAAUGUCCCCCAGGAACACGUAAGGUGCUUCAGAAAGGAAAGCCGGUCUGCUGCUAUGAUUGUCUACGAUGUGCAGAGGGAGAAAUGAGCAGCAUUACAGAUUCUCCUAUCUGUGUGAGAUGCCCCCAUGAAUCCUGGUCAAAUGAAAGGAGAGAUGCUUGUAUCCAGAAGGAGGCUGUGUUUCUAUCAUAUGAAGAAAUCAUGGGAGCACUGCUCACUGGAGCCUCUUUAUUUGGAACAAGCAUCACUACUGUUGUUGCACUGAUUUUCUUCAAACACAGGAAAACUCCUCUUGUCAGGGCAAACAACACUGAGUUGAGCUUUCUACUACUCUUCUCCUUGACUCUGUGUUUUCUGUGCUCUCUGACCUUCAUCGGCCAACCCUCUGAGUGGUCCUGCAAACUGCGACACACAGCUUUCGGCAUCACCUUUGUCCUCUGCAUCUCCUGCGUUCUUGGGAAAACGAUGGUGGUUUUAAUGGCGUUUAAAGCCAGACUUCCUGGGAGAAAUGUGAUGAAAUGGUUUGGACCGACAAACCAAAGACUCAGUGUUCUGGGUUUUACUCUUAUACAAGUUAUUAUAUGUAUCCUCUGGUUGACCAUUUCUCCUCCUUUCCCGUUCAAAAAUUUUAAGGAAUUUAAAGACAAAAUCAUCUUAGAGUGUGCUUUGGGCUCAGUUGUAGGUUUCUGGGCUGUGCUUGGGUAUAUUGGUAUACUUGCAAUGUUGUGUUUUAUUUUUGCUUUUCUGGCUCGAAAACUGCCCGAUAACUUCAAUGAAGCCAAAUUUAUCACCUUUAGUAUGUUGAUAUUCUGUGCAGUCUGGAUCACUUUCAUCCCAGCAUAUGUCAGCUCUCCUGGGAAGUUCAGUGUUGCUGUAGAAAUAUUUGCUAUUCUUGCUUCCAGUUUUGGGCUGCUAAUUUGUAUCUUCUUCCCAAAAUGUUAUAUCAUGUUACUGAAACCAGAGAGGAAUACAAAAAAGAAUAUGAUGGGGAUGAGGAUAGCAACAUCAUUCUGAAAACAUGAAAUACAGUCAUAGCAAACACAUUUCAAAGGAUGUAAUAUUUUUUGUUUUGCUAAUCAGUCUGUCUGUACACAAUAAUUUGAGUUUGCCUGUAGUCUCCAUAAAUGAUUUA